AUGGCAAAGUCCACACGUUCGAAAUGGAAGAAACUCCACCGUCGCCAGCGCGCGGAGGCUGAGCGCGAGCGCACCGCAGCCCGCAUUCGCGGCCUUCACCACAAAUUGGAGCUCACGUCGAAAGGCGGGAUCAGCGCGGUCCCCCCGCAGGAGCCGGAGACGCGUUUUCACUUUUUGAACCCCGACCUCGACCCCCGCGCGCCGAAAACAAGCAGGGGGGGCAACCCAAAUCCCUCAGACCCGGUCCAAAUCGAUUUCACCAAACCGCUGAAAUUACCCCCGCCGCGGACGUGUUUUUAUGGCAAAUCGGACCCGAACGGGCCGCACCCGCAGGCGACGAACUACGAAGUCCUCGACGCGAACGCCCCGAUCGCCGGGCAUGCCCUCACAACGGCGGAUGUGGAGCGGAUGUUAAAUAGCAAAAAUAAUCAUCAUAAUAAUAAUAAGGAGGCCGAUAACGUCCAUCCCGAACGAGGCCCCUCCAACCCCGAAAACGACCCCUUCAAUGAAAAUGAAGAGGGCGAGGACGACGGCCCGGAGGAGUAUGUCUUUGAGCUGGAAAAGUCAACUUGGCAUAAGGCCCCCACUUCGGAGAAAAAAACACAAAAAAAAGGGCAAUCAAAGAGUACGGGUAAAGCUACGAAAAAUAAAGAUCAGGUGGUCGUGGAGGAUACCGCAAGGGAUGUAGAGGAGGAGGAGGAUGGAAGGCGGCGUAGGGCGCCAAAGAUUAAAAGCAUGGAGACGCCUCGAAAGCGGGAGGGCGCCAUCGUCGCCGCGGGGGGAUCGAGUAAAAUGAAGAAAAUAUUGACAAACGGUAGUAGUAGCGCGAACAAAGGCGUCGAAACGCGGCGCCUUGUGAGCAGUGGGAGUAAAGCCGCUAAGAAGUUAGCCAAGCCCCUCCUCAAAGGCAAAAAGGCCGUGGUGCUAUAG